AUAUAGGCUUCUUCACUUAACUUCAUGCGAAUCGAGGUAAACGUUGUACGCCGUGAAUUUAGCAAAGUCAUAAAUAUCUGUCCAUGUGACAUUAGUUGGGAGAACGUCUCCGAAUGCGGUAAAUCGUGUUGUCAAAGAUUCGCAAGUUAACGUAGAUUUGAUUUGCCCCUUUCUUCGAUUGUGACCAGAUUAGAAUAAUUAAUUAUCUUUGUAUGUAUUCUUUUUAUCGCAGUCAAAGGUCUAGUUUAACAUGAUCAAAUUAUUUUCGUUGAAACAAGCGAAAAAAGAUGGCGAGUCACCAAAGGCUGGGACCCAGAAAAAGGCAUCAGCAGCUCAGCUGAGAAUAACGAAAGAUAUUAACGAACUUAAUUUACCAAAAACAUGCGGUACGGAGUUUCCCGAUCCCGAUGAUUUAUUGAGUUUUAAAUUAAUUAUUUGUCCAGAUGAGGGUUUUUAUAGAGGUGGUAGAUUUGUAUUCAGUUUUAAAGUUGGACCAAAUUACCCUCACGAACCACCUAAAGUUAAAUGUGAAACUCAAGUAUAUCAUCCCAAUAUUGACUUGGAAGGCAACGUGUGUUUGAAUAUUUUAAGAGAAGACUGGAAACCUGUUCUAACUAUUAAUUCUAUUGUUUAUGGACUUCAGUACCUUUUUCUAGAACCCAAUCCGGAAGAUCCUCUCAAUAAAGAUGCUGCAGAAGUAUUACAAAAUAACAGAAGAGUAUUCGAACAAAAUGUAGCAAAAGCUAUGAGAGGCGGUUAUGUAGGAGCACUUUGUUUCGAACGGUGUCUCAAGUGAUACAGUAUUUCAUCAUUGUUACUGUACACAUUUCUUUAGGGACUCACUUUGGGAAAAAAUAUCCUAAUACACAUACAGGGCAUAGAUAGGAGGACUAUGAAUCCUGUUAAUUGCGUGAUUACCACCUUUUACACAUUUAUUUUCUUUAUAUUUUGCCAGGCCUAUAUACGUCAGUUUCAUUUAAAUACACUUUAUAUUUUUCAAUUAUAAACCUAUCCAAAUGUUGAAUAUAUGCAAACAUAUAUAUAUAUAUAAACAUAUACAUAUAUUUAUAUAUAUAAUAUAGUUUCAUUAUUUAUGUUAACAAAAUUAUCAAGAUACGUUUUGGCCAUGGCACAUUGAUUUAGUGUGAAUUUUGUGGAAUGCAAUUGAAGAACGAUAGAUCAAUUAUAGUGAGCAUUCCUCUCAUUAAAAUAGGUGUUGCUGACUAAUUCAUGAUAUUUAACUCAGAGUGGACCUUAGUCAUUAGGUAUAUUUAACUUUUUAGCUAGAUUUUUGUUUUUCUUUUCUACCAUCAUCAUAAUUUUUCAAUUAAAUGUAUCAUUAUAUUUUCACACACAUGUAUCAUUAUUAAUCUAUUAAAAAAAUUACCAGCAGCACCUAUCAUCGAGUUUAUCUUCAGUUUUUAAUUAUGUAUGUGCAUGUAUACGCAUAUACGUAAUAUUUAUUAUACAUAUGCGUAUACAUAUACAUAUAUAAUUUAAUAUAAACAAUGACUGAGGUGGACUGUAAGGCUGUUAUAGAAUAACAGAUAUUUUAUUUGAUUUGGCAAAGAUUGCACAUAUAUUAAAAUAUAUAUAUAUA